AUAGCAUUGCUACAAUACGGUGUGCCGCACAAGAACUUGAAGAAUGCAAAAAGUUGCACGAAAUCUUAUAUAUGGUUCUUGUAGCUGGCAAUUUUUUGAAUGCGGGUGGCUAUGCGGGAAAUGCAGCUGGUUUUAAAAUGUUAUCCUUGUUGAAACUUACAGACAUAAGAGCCAACAAACCUAGCAUGACACUAAUCCACUACGUAGCUGAGCAAGUAUUUAAGAAAAGACCAGAUCUUCUCGAGUUUCUAGAAGACAUACAAAAUUUGGAAGAAGCAUCUAAAAUUUCAUUGGAAACUUUGAAAACCGACGUAAUCUCCCUUAGCCAAAGAGUUUCAAAAGUUUCUACACAAGUUACAGUUGCCGAAGAACAAAUUAAAUCUCAAAUGCAAGAUUUUCUUCGGUUUGCAGAAAAUAAAGUAGAAAUACUCCAUAAUGAAAUCAAUGAUCUUGAAAGUAUUCGUCAACGACUGGCUGACUUUCUUUGUGAGGAGACAGCUUCCUUUAAAUUAGAAGAGUGCUUCAAAGUGUUUCACAAUUUUUGCUCGAGGUUUAAAGCAGCACUACAGGUGAUUUAAAAAAUGUAUUUAUCAGAAAUAAAUUAGUUAUUUUAACUACGUGAAGACAGCGAAACUCACUGAUAACUAAAUUUUAGAAAAGUAGACAAUCUUUUGAUGAUCCACUGUCCGAAGAGCCCAUGGGCUCGUGAAAUUGUGACGGUGUUUAACAAGAGGAAAUAAGGAGCAACAAAAAAUUUGACAAUUCACAUUUUGGUUAAAAUUAAAACAGUUAAAAUCAACUGAUUAAAUACUUAA